UCACUAUUUCCUUUUCUCGGCGGUAGUAAAACGUAAACGGGUUUUUCAAGAUUUAGGGUUAGCCUGCCCAAAAUUCUCUUGCAUCCUUUCUCUCUCUACUGUAAACUCUAGUUUUCUCUCUCUUCAACUCCGGCGACCUCUCCGUUUCUUCGCAGAAGUUGAUCAAUAUGUCUACCUUUGCGAAACCAGAAAAUGCUUUAAAGCGAGCCGAAGAGCUGAUCAAUGUUGGUCAGAAGCAAGAUGCGCUGCAGGCGCUUCACGACCUUAUUACCUCGAAAAGGUACAGAGCAUGGCAGAAACCAUUGGAAAAGAUCAUGUUUAAAUACAUAGAACUUUGUGUCGACAUGAGGAAGGGUAGGUAUGCCAAAGAUGGUUUAAUCCAAUACCGCAUUGUUUGCCAACAAGUGAAUGUGAACUCUUUAGAGGAAGUCAUUAAGCAUUUCAUGCACUUGUCAACUGAGAGGGCUGAGGUUGCUCGUACUGAAGCUCAAGCAUUAGAAGAAGCACUUGAUGUUGAAGAUCUUGAGGCAGAUAAGCGUCCUGAGGAUCUAAUGCUAAGCUAUGUUAGUGGAGAGAAGGGAAAAGACAGGUCUGACCGUGAACUUGUUACACCUUGGUUCAAAUUUCUCUGGGAGACAUACAGAACUGUUUUGGAAAUAUUACGUAACAAUUCUAAAUUGGAGAAUCUUUAUGCUAUGACGGCACAUCGUGCUUUUCAAUUCUGCAAGCAAUACAAACGUACCACAGAAUUUCGUAGACUCUGUGAAAUAAUCAGGAACCAUUUGUCAAAUCUGAAUAAAUACAAGGACCAACGUGACAGGACUGAUCUGACAGCUCCAGAAAGCUUGCAAUUGUAUCUCGACACGAGGUUUGAGCAGCUAAAGAUUGCCACUGAACUUGAACUUUGGCAGGAAGCGUUUCGUUCUGUUGAAGAUAUCCAUGGCUUGAUGUGUAUGGUUAAGAAGACCCCAAAGCCUUCAUUGAUGGUCGUUUACUAUGCUAAGCUCACUGAAAUCUUUUGGACUUCAGGAAGCCAUCUGUAUCAUGCAUAUGCUUGGCUGAAGCUUUUCUUGCUUCAAAAGAACUUCAACAAGAACUUAAGCCAGAAGGACUUGCAGACGAUAGCAUCAUCUGUGGUUUUGGCUGCCCUCUCAGUUCUUCCUUAUGAUCAUACACGUGGUGCAUCUCAUUUGGAACUGGAAAAUGAGAAAGAGCGGAAUAUGAGGAUGUCUAAUCUUAUUAAUUUUAAUCUUGAUCCCAAACCUGAGAGCAGAGAAGUGCUCUCACGCUCAGCUCUUCUUUCGCAACUGGUCUCCAAAGGUGUUAUGUCUUGUGUACUUCCAGAAGUUAAAGAUCUCUAUCAUCUCCUAGAGCAUGAGUUUCUGCCCUUGGAUUUGUCUUUAAAAGUUCAGCCCUUGUUGAACAAAAUUUCUAAGCUUGGCGGGAAACUCGCUUCAGCUUCUUCUGUACCUGAAGUGCAAUUGUCAAAGUAUGUUCUUGCCUUGGAAAAGCUAGCAACUCUUAGAUUGCUGCAACAGGCGUCCCAAGUUUACCAGACGAUGACCAUUGAGAGCUUGUCCCAGAUGAUUCCAUUUUUUGAUUUUUCUGUUGUGGAAAAGAUUUCUGUAGAUGCUGUCAAACAUAAGUUCUUAACGAUGAAGGUUGACCAUAUGAAUGGCGCUGUUUCGUUUAGUAUUCUGGAUCUUGAAUCUGAUACCGUGAGAAAUCACCUUACAGCGCUUGCUGAAUCUUUGAAUAAAGCAAGGUCCAUGAUAUAUCCUCCCCUUAACAAAGCAUCAAAAAUCGAAGAUACUUUGCCUGGUUUAGCUGAGCUUGUGGAGAAGGAACAUAAGAAGCUUCUUGCUCGUAAAACAAUCAUUGAACAGCGCAAAGAGGAACAAGAACGCCAGCUUUUAGAGAAGGAACGUGAGGAAGAGUCAAAGAGAUUACAGCUACAGAAAAGUAAUGUGGAAGCUGAACAGAAAAGGCUUGCUUCUGAACUUGAGAAGAGGAAAAUUCAGCGCAUCCAAAAGGAAAUCGAAGAACGUGAGAUUGAAGAAGCCAAAGCCCUACUUCAGGAAAAGUUCUCCAAAAAUAAGAAGAAACCACUUAUAGAAGGGGAUAAGUUGACAAAGCAAGCAUUGAUGGAGUUGGCUCUCAACGAGCAGCUGAGGGAGAAACAAGAAAUGGAGAAAAAACUGCUGAAGUUGAGCAAGCAAAUGGAUUAUCUUGAGAGAGCUAAGAGAGAGGAGGCAGCUCCAUUAAUUGAAUCUGCAUAUCAACAACGCUUGGUUGAGGAACAGCUUCUGCAUGAGCAUGAGCAACAGCUUGAGGUUGAGCUCAGCAGGCAACGUCAUGAUGGUGACCUUCAAGAAAAGAAGAGAGUAGCUCGUGUAAUGGAAAACAAGAGGAUUUUCCAAGAAUCCCUAAUGAGCCACCGUCAAUCUGAAUUCGAAAGAUUGAGAAAAGAACGCGAGGAACAUUUCCAUCAAAUUCGCCUGGCACGUAAACAAGAAAGGUUAGCUAAACGGAAGAUGAUUUUCUAUUUGAGAUCAGAAGAGGAAAGAUUAAACAAGCUGCGGGAAGAGGAAGAAGCACGGAAGCUUGAAGAGUCUGAGAGAAGAAGAAAGGAAGAAUCUGAGCGUCAAGCCAAGCUAGAUGAAAUGGCAGAAAAACAACGGCAACGAGAGCAAGAGCUUGAAGAAAAAGAGAAGCUGAGAAGACAUCAGAUCCUUGCUGGUGAGGCUGCUCGGUCUUCUGAGACUCCUCUUGCCAGGCCUCAGGCAGAGGCCAUACCUGCUGCAGCAGCUGCUACUGCUGCUGCUGCUUCUGCUGCUCCAGCACCUACAAAAUAUGUUCCCAGGCACUUGCGGGAGAAACCAGCUGGGUCGGCACCAGCUCCAGCCACUGAUAGGUGGCGAAGUUCUGAUCGCCGUGGUCCAGCUGGGGGUGCUUCAAGGCCAACUUGGUGAUGAUCACCGUGGUUAAGGAUGUGGGUUGUUCAAGGCCCACAAAGGCACAAGAUCACAAAUUAUCAUCCAAAUCUUCGCUUGUGGAUAGUUAGUUAUCUACGAGUUAUAUGUAAUCUUAUUUAUGAGAGAACCUUUUUUUUUUUUUUUUGACAUGGUGUGAGGCAUUUAAAAUGAUUGAUGAAACUCUCAAUGAGAUGAAAGGGAGGCUUCAAUUCUCCCUUUUUCGAAGAAUUUUGCCCGGCAACAUUGUAACAUCAAGUUAACUUUUCUAAUCCGUAAUCAGCAUUUGGUAAAUUUUAACAUGUUUCGUUUAACUUUGUAUAUUACGAAGUAAUUUUUGAUGGAUAAUUUUUAAAAUAAUUAUUAUAUAUGGUUAUUUUUAGAUGUUA